AUGGCGCAACCAAACGGUCGAUCUGCCCUUGCCCGCGCACUUCCUGGGGCGGCGAUACGCGUGCUCGGUCCCCUCGGUAUGAUGCACGGCGCGUUCUAUCUAAUCAUUCCGGAAAAUCUAGAAAGAGUCAUAGUGGUCUUUGCCCAGGGAUCCGUCAAUACAGUAGGUAAGGUCAUGAGAACCAUCGCUAGCAACGCCUUCGACAUGGGAUGGGACACGCUGCAUGAUCCUAGGGUGCAGCAGAUUGUCACCAACGCGACCCGGCAGCUUGUGCUAGCAUCCAUGAAUGCUCCAGCCUUCUUGAACUGGGUGACUUCCCUCGGCAUCGAAACGGCCUUUGAUACCACUCGCACGGCUUGGCGUUACUACGCCAGCACGCCCCGGAGCAUCUAUUUCCUGCUUCUCGGAGAUCCAGAGGAAGCCGACAGCGAAGGGGGGAUCGAGGAGCUUGGGCCUACAAGCGAGGAGUCUGAUAGGCAAAUGGUGCUUUACAGAAACCCAUCAGACCGCAACGUAGCUUCUCCCACGCCCGUAGAUGGCAAGAGGAAUCGGGACGAAGAGGGCGAAGCCAACGUUUAUCAAGUCCAAAGACCGCGCAUCGAUCGAGAAGGUGGCAAUGGAUUUGGAGAGGAUGACCACGGUGAAGAGAAUGAGAUGGGCAGCGAAUCGAAAAUGGGGCCCGACGGAACGCUCGCCUUCAAAUGCACGGGCGUCACAAAUCAGGGUCUGCCUUGCCGCAGAUGGAGCAAGCACGCAUCCGGCGAUCCACCAACCUACCACUGCUGCAGGAAGCAUCAAGAGCAGUGGAUCAACCGUCGCGAGCUUCCCAUGGGGGUUGGGGGUGGUGCGCUGUGA